AUGUCUGUACUGAGUACGUUGCAAACAAAUGUCACGGGACCAUGGUUUUCGAUACAAGACAAGCAUCUUAUAAAAUGUGUGGCCUAUUCAUGGUUUUUGUUUAUACUUUUCAUACUUCAGUCAGUGCUAGCAGGGUGGAUAUGGUAUAUGAAUCAAUGGUCCAGAAUCAUUUCAUCAAAGUAUUAUUACAGGGGUAUUAUGAAAACUGAGAAGAUUCAAACCAUGGUUAAUAUAUGGAUUAAUGAAUUCAUUAUAUGGAGUGUGCUAAGAGAAGAUAUCCAAAUUAUUUACGAGGGGGAAACAAUCAACACAAAAUGUAAGAACCAACUAAUACUAAGCAACCAUAGAUCAAUUAUCGAUUAUACUUUGAUUCAAUCCCAGUUCGGAGCUGAAAAUGUAAUUUUCGCAGGUUGGACUCGUUUAAUGAAGUAUCCCAGUUUUAAGCAUUUUUGGACAAUAUUCAGGCAUGAUGAGAAUGACAACGUUUCGGUAUCAAAGAUUAAGAAGUUUUAUGGGCCUGAGAAUUUGGUAAUAUUUCCCGAGGUGAAUAUCUUCACACCAGAAGUUAAAUUGAUUGAAAGAAAGUUAAUGAAAUUGAAAUACAAAGGAUUACCUGUUUUGCAUAACGUUCUAUACCCCAGAUUUGGUACUUUCGUAAAUCUGAUCAAAGCUUUUUCAAACAGCAAUGACAGAAAAUGGUGUCGCAUGUUGGAGUACCUUAUUCUUCCGACAGAACCGAUAUUACGUGACUCAAUGAAGUUACUAGAUUUAACUUUGGUUUAUUACAAGAUCACGUUGAACUCAAUGGGUGAGUAUAAGUUGGAGCAAACAAUUCCAGCUCUAUGGGACAUAUGGUCGUUGGAAUCACCAAUGAUACUAUGCAUCCACGCAUCGUACCAUGAUGUUGAUAAACUCACUAAAAAGAAACCCAAACAACUAGAAAGUUGGCUAGAAACCCAGUGGUGUGCUAAGGAUAAAUUGAUAGAUACCUUUGAAUUGAACGUGGAGAUAGUCUAA